AUGAGUGAAACAGAUACAACAGAAGCAGAAGAAAUUAUAAAAGGAAGGAAUCAAGAAGAACAAAAUAAUGAAAAUAAACAAAAUAAUGCAAUGAUAUAUCUAGUUAUUAAAGAAGGAUAUAAAGUUACCAUUAGAAGAAAUAAGAAAGAGAAUUCAUUUCAUAAAUGUAUAAUGAUUGAAAACGAAGAAGAAAAAAUUGAUGGGAAUGGACUUCAAGAAUUAGGAAGAGAUAUUGAUGAAAUGAUUAAAAUGAAAAUUAAUAAAGAAGGAAAUGAUAAAGAAAUUAUUCUUGAACCUAAAGAUAUUUUUGAUGAUGGAAAAGGAUUUGAAAGAGAAAAAUUAGGUGAUUCUGAUAAAAAAGAUUUACCAUCACCUUUUACUUAA